AUGGAAGCCCCGAAAACUACUCGGGAAAUUCAGAAGCUAAAGGGCCGUCUGGCAGCCCUUCGGAGAUUCAUUUCUCGGUCGGCAGAGAAAGCCCUUCCUUUCUUUGAAGUGUUGAAGGGGGCGAAAAAUUUCGAAUGGGGACCGAACUGUGUCAGGGCAUUUGAGGACAUUAAGGAAUAUAUGAUGAAAGCACCCCUGCUGAUGAGGCCCAAUCCGAAGGAAACUCUCCAGCUAUAUCUAGCAGUGAGCGACCGAACCUUGGGGGCAGUCCUGGUCAAAGAACACGAGAAGAACCAACAUCUGGUCUUCUACGUGUCCCAUAUGUUGAAAGACGCAGAAACCCGGUACUCGAACGCGGAGAAGUUCGCAUAUAGGCUAGUUAUGGCCUCCGGAAAAUUGCGACAGUAUUUCCAGGGACGAACGAUACAAGUGGUCACCGACGAACCUCUGAAGAAGAUUCUCAGCCGACCGGAGGCUUCGGGCAGAGUUGUUGCCUGGUUUAUAGAGUUGGGGGAAUAUGACUUGGAAUAUAUACCCCGAACCGCCAUCAAGGCCCAGGCCCUGGCCGACUUCAUGGUGGAAUGCACAUUCUCCGGGCCGAAAGAUCUAGAGCCCAAUGAACAGCUCAUCAGGACUCCUGGAAAGUGGAAGCUAUUUGUGGAUGGAUCGGUGGCGGGGUCUAAGUGCGGGGCUGGUCUGAUUCUUUCUAGUCCCGAUGGGUUCGAAAUUUGUCAAGCCAUCCGGUUCACAUUUCCCCUGACCAAUAAUGAAGCCGAGUACGAAGCUCUUCUGGCUGGGAUGGGUCUAGCCAGGAAUCUUGAAGUCAGACACUUGAGGGCUUUUAGCGACUCCAUGUUAGUGGUUAAGCACUUUUCGGGGGAAUAUGAGCAAAAGGAACUCCGAACGAAAGCUUAUGCCACCAAGGUACGAGAACAGUCUUUGUUUUUUGAAUCAUUCGAAUUGAGUGCCAUCAGUCGGGAGAACAACAGCCGAGCCGAUGCCCUUUUUCGCCUAGCUUCAGCCGAGACCCAGAACUUGACAGGGUCGAUCUACUUGUCCGCAGUAAAAACGCCUUUGAUCGACAAGAAAGCUUGCCUGGGAAUACACCAAGUUGUUAAUUGGAUGACUCCGAUCAGACCCUUAGAGAAGAAAGAAGCUCAGAAAAUUAAGUAUAGAGCAGCUAACUACACACUGAUCGGGGGCCGACUUUUCAGACGAUCAGUUUCUCAGCCACUGCUCCGAUGCCUAGAUCCCGAAAAACAGAUCCUUGCCUUGGAAAUAGUUCACGAAGGAAUAUGCGGCGAACACUUGGCAGGACGAUCUCUGGCAAUGAAAAUACUCCGACAGGGAUUCUUCUGGCCGACCUUAAGAGAAGAUGCUGCCAGCUACUCCAGAAAAUGCCAACAAUGCCAACUCCAUAGCAACGUCCCGAAGCAGCCACCAGAGGAAAUGGCUUCAGUUCUCAGUCUGAUACCAUUCUCUAUAUGGGCCGUCGACAUAGUGGGGAUCCUACCGACUAGUACCUGUCAAGCUAAGUACUGCAUUGUGGCCAUUGACUACAUGACAAAGUGGGUUGAAGCCCGACCACUUUCAGCCAUAACCGAGCAGGCCGCCAAAAAGUUUUUCCUUGAGCAGAUAAUUCUAAGGUUUGGAAUACCGAUGGGAAAUGGGGCGAUCGAAGCAGCUAAUAAGGUAAUCUUUCAAGGCAUCAAGAAGCGAUUAGGAGAAGCCAAAGGGCUAUGGGCCGAAGAACUUCCCUGGGUCCUCUGGGCAUACAGAACCACGCCUCGGUCCUCGACCGGAGAAACACCCUUUCGGUUGGCUUACGGGACCGACUCACUUGUCCCAGUUGAGAUCGGUCUUGAGUCUUACCGAACACAAGUCUUCGACCCCAAGACAAAUGAGUUCGGCUUACGGGGCAACCUUGACCUCCUUGAAGAAGAAAGAGAAGCAGCCCAUCAAAGGAACGUCCGAUACCAGCAGCAAGCAUCUCAAUACUACAAUUUGGGCGUUCGGAAACGAUCUUUUAAGGUUGGGGACAUGGUUCUCCGCGACUUGGCAACUUCUAUGCCAACAAAGCAAGGCAAGCUUAUGCCGAAUUGA